UUGAAACAUAAGUCCCGCCUUUAUGACACAUAAGGAAGUAGAUUACUUAACAGACAUAGCACAGUCAAAGAGAGUGGGAGAGAAAAGGCUUUUUAGCAGCUGUUCGACAACAUGCCCAAUUUAAAUGGCAGACAAAAUGGCACAAAGGAAGAUUUCGCUGAAAAGAAACUUAAAGCACUUCCGACUGAGCUCCUCCAGAGAGGUAAAGAAGCAGUCAAGGUUGACCUACAACGCAAUAGACUCAAACAAAUCACUGGUAUCUCUCAAAUGUCAAACCUGACAGAGCUCAACUUAAGCAGGAAUGAGAUGACUGAUUUUCCCUUGGAGAUUCAGGAGUUACGCCAGUUGGUGAAACUUUAUAUGAAUCAGAACAGUUUGAAAACCAUUCCAGAAAAUGUUUUCCCAUCCUUAAAAAGACUACAGUUCCUAAAGUUGAGCACUAAUCGGCUUGGAAAGCUACCCCAAGACAUAAACAAGUGCCAGAAUCUCACCUAUUUGAACCUGUCCAACAACUGCCUGAGGAAUCUGGAACCUCUUGUGGGUCUUCCUUGCCUUAAAGAACUCUAUGUGGAGAGGAACCAGUUAGCUGAGCUACCAGAUAUGCUCUUUCAGAACAACUGCUUAACUCAGUUCAAAGCCAAUGGCAACCCUCUUAGAAAGCCUCCUGAGGAGGUCUGUGCUGGGGGAUUGAGAGAUAUCCAGAUUUACUUUACAAUGCUAGAGGAAAACUCUUUAGACCUUUAUACUGUAAAGACCAUGUUUCUGGGGUCCUCCAUGGCGGGGAAAUCCACUCUGUGCCGCAGUCUAAAGCAGGGUUGCCCUGUACCUGUGGCAGAGGCUGAUCGUACUAUAGGAAUUGAAAUCACUGAAGUUGAAAGUGAUGGUGUCCGUUUUUUAUUUUGGGACUUUGCUGGACAAGAGGAAUACUAUAUCACCCACCAUGUAUUUAUAACAGCUCAAGCCUUUGUCAUACUUGCCAUCGAUCUUGCCAGUUACCAGAUUAAGGAUCCCCAAUCUUUCAAUGAGAAAGUAGGCUUCUGGAUCAAAAAUAUUCAGCUUAAGAUACCAGACUCAGUGGUCCUUUUGGUGGGGACUCAUGUUGACCAGUGCACCAAUGAGGCUGAAGUGAAAGAAAAGCAAAAACACAUUGAAGAGAAGGUGGAGGAAAUGCUGCAAAGGCAUAAAUUUAAUUUAAACCAGCGGAGAAAGAACCUCCAAGAUAAGGAGGACCCAUCUCUGUACUCUGACCAGAUAGAUCAGAUUAAAAGACUUACUGAGUACAAACUAAAGGUCCUUGAUCUUGUACCUAUAGACUGCACAAAACCAGUGGACAUUUGCAAAUUGCACACUAACAUAAAAAAUGAGAUCUUGAAUAAAGAUACAUUCCCUUACAUAGAACAGACAUUACCUAGAUGCUACCGUGAGGUGGAAACUGAUAUCCAAGAACUUCUGAAAAAUGGUGACAUUCCUCAGCAUGGAAUUGUCACUCAAGAGGAUCUGCUGUAUGAACUGCAGAAUAGACAUGGUGCACUGGACCAUGACAAAUUGAAGUUAAUUCUACAGUAUCUUCACCGAAUUGGGGUCAUUAUAUGGUACAAGGAAAUCACAGAAUUGACGGAUUCUUUGUUUGUUAAACCAUCAUUCCUCAUCUCAUUGUUUAAGACCAUUGUGAGGCAUGACCUAGUUGAGGAACUGAAUGCUAUUUCCUCUGUACUGCUGAAGUCAGAAAAUGCACUUUCGAAACACAAGAAGAGAUGGAUCAGAGACUAUGAAGACAGAGCAACUUUGAGCAAUGUGGCUAUUAGGAUCCUGGUUCGCAGUGAGUUCCUAAAGUUAGGCUUUACUGAUGAAGAAUUCAUUGAGGAGAUGGUUGGAUCCAAAAAGAGGGAAGGAAAUAUCCUUUUGUUGCUGAAACACUUUGACGUUUGUUUGCCAUGCAAACAUAACAGUUCUCUCAAUCCAAAAGCUAAUGAAUUCCAUCCAGAGAAAAAAUGGGUGGCCUCAGAUCCCAUUGUGUAUGAGCCAGCUGCUUGGCUGUUCCCAAGUUACCUUACAAACAAUGAGCUGGUACAGCAAAAUUGGGGAGAAGACAUUCCAGAGGACCUUAACAUUCAUGUUUAUUUCCUACCUGAGAUACCACAUGGCUUCUUCCACAGGCUAGUCAUUAGGAUAUGCACCUUGUACUCUCAGUACUGGAUUGGAAAAGACCAGUGUCUGUUCUGUUGUGGCAACAAACGUGUUCUGCUCAGAGAACACUGUAAUGAAGAAGACCAGUUCAUUGAGAUCCGCUGCAAAGACAGUGAUCUUAAAACCUCAACAGACAUCCAGAAAGCAUGGCAAGUGAUAAAGGUGAUCAUGCAACGACUGAACAUACUCACAGAGCAGUGGCAAGGGCUGUGCCUGUUUGUCCACAGUCCCUGCAAGGAUCCUGGCUGCUCAGAAUACUUUGAAUGGAAUGACUGGCAAGACUGGUUAGAGGAUUCUGAGACAGACAUGUUUAAUGUAGGACUAGAGGAGAAACAUACCUGCCGUAAUGGACACAGACGGAGGACAGAGUUGCUGUUCCCUAGAACUCCUGAUGCCUAGACCUGAUGGGAGGACGUGUUAAAAACAGUGGCGUAUCCAGGACAUUUUUACUGGGGUGGCAAAGAUAUGGCACAGACCUAGUGUGGGGUGGCGAUACUGGCAGAACCUUUAUGAAUGGCACAUGAUCAAAAUGUGUAAAUAUCGCAUUGCUUUGCUUCAACAUCCACACAUGUAGAAUAGAUGAAUUCUUAAACUCAUGUUAGCAUUCACUGAAUUGUUUGUAUUCAAUAUCAGACUGUUGUUUUGACAUUUGACAGUUUUCUAUUCCUGUUCUAUUUCAACCUAUUACAGUUUCUGGGAAUCUCUGGUUAUAUUAACAUAACAUCCAUUUUUAAAUCAGUAAUUGUUUAGGAAAAGUCAGUUACACAUUUUUAAGAGCUAUUCUCAUUGUAGAGAAUUAAUCUGCGUAUAACAUCAGGUAUAGUGUAUAAUCAUAUAAAGAUACAAGUACAGGUGAGAACUGAUUGAGGCGCAAUUCAAUCAAUCAUUCAGUCAAUUAUUCAUUCAUUUAUUAGCUAUAACUGCUCUGUCCAGCAGAAAUAUUGUUAAAUUGGGUACAAAUCAGUGUGUGAAAUUGGCUACGAGGGCUUAUAGGUGUCUGUCUGGAAACCCCAAAAUUGCAGAUUGAGCUCUGAAUACAGUAAAAAACAAAACUCUGUUUACAGUGUCUACUCAGGUUUAUUUUCCACAUGUUCUGAUAGCUUCAAUAACUUUGAAUAUUACCAAAUAAAAUAGUUAGUCAAAUCAUUUGCGGCAUUUAAGUGCAAUUUGCCCUGCCUCUGUAUAUUUAAAAUGUCAAAUAAGGUAUAAAAUCUUUGAAGAUUUUAUUUGUCUGACUGACCAAUAAUACACAUAAAGAGCUCAUAAAUAACUCAUGUAAAGAUUUAAUCUGUAAAACGCUUUACACACCUCCGUCAUUAAAUCAGAAAACAUGGCAUUUCAUAUUUCAUGUCAAUAUAAAGAUAACAUGCUGAAUGUGGUGUAGGGUCUAGCUUAAUCUUUAACCUAGCUACUGUAACAAUGAAAAAAUGUUUUCACAUUCACAUGGGAAUUCGGGAUAAAUUAAACAUUAGAUUAGAUGAGCAUACCUCUCAAAUAACAGCUUUCUUUUUGACCACAAAUCGACGUCGUCAACUCAUUGGAAGUUGGAGGUAGACGCUAGCUCAUGUCAGCUUCGUGCUUUUGUCCGACCAUUAUACUCCUGACCUGGCGCCCGCUGCCGCGACCUGCGGCACCUGCCUGGCCACCCGCGGCCUGCCCCUCCCCCCGCUGAUCAAAGAUCAGCUCACACAGCUGCAGUCCCACCACUACUAUAAUGGUCAGAAAUAUAAAACUGACCCUGGGUCAGUGUGGCUCUAAAUCAACAAAUGACUUGAGAUGUCAUCUUUGAUUGACAGGCGUUUCUAUUGGUUCUUCGUUCUUGUGUUGAUGAACAUGAUGAACUACCAAUCAGUUCUGGGGUGGCCACAGGGUGGCCAAUGAGAUUUCAGGCCACCACAGGCCACCCCCUAAAAUCGCCACUGGUUAAAAAAACCUCGACCACCCAGAUCAAAUUGCACAUAUUGCAUUUUUAAAAACAGCAUGAAACACAACUUGGAAGUGAUGUUUACAUAAGUAAUUUAAAAUCAACUUAAUGCCUAAGAGGAUAGAAAAUAGCACUGUAAUGUUUUCGACGUUGCAAAUUAUAAUUGCUGCUAAACUGUUGUACAAGAAGCCUACAUUGUACCAAAGGCUGUUUAGCCCAAGAAGGAGCACUUGUAUUACAAUGAAUGGGAGAAACUGGAAUGCCCAAUAUGGUGGAUGUAAAAAAGGAAGUUCUGCCUUACAGGUAAUAGAGCCGAUCACCUUUUAGAUACAGACAUCGCUUGUCAGUCAACUUGAGAACGUGCAUACGCAUUAGCUGGACCAAUCUGAAAAACAGCACUUUUUAGCAUGAUCUGAGCUAUAGCAGCACAAUUACUGAUACAACUGUUGUCAGAUUUUACUGCUGAUUUUAAAUAUGUUCUUUGAUCGCAUUCUUGACUAACUGUUCUGGAGAUUUCAGCCUUUCCCCAUUUAGGUAGAUAGGAAUUACAGUAUACUUUUAUGCCUCUUAUCCAUAGAAAAUAACUGCAGGACUACAGUGCUCUAGCAUGCAGCCAAUGACAGCAAUGCUUUCUUAACCCCUAUUGGAUUCCAAUGUUUUCUUCCAAAAACGGGUACCUUGUUUUUAUAUUUAUCUUUCACUUAAAUGACAUAAUUUAAGAAUUUUAUGAUACAUUAAUGUUUUAUUGUUUCCAUUAUAUGAAUUUGCUCAGUGAAUAUCUAAAAAUGUAACUCAGUGUAACUAACGUGUUACAGACUAACGCGUGUUUAUGAGAGAAAUUUAACUUUGCUAGCAACUUCUGUAGAUUUUGGAACUAUGUUCGUUGCAGACAGGUCCAGCACAUCUUGCAUAAGAAGUUUGCACCUUUUUGUCCAAAGCUUUUGGGAUGAUUUUACAGUUAUAUUUGUGGGAUUGCGACUAGUAUGUUAAACGUUUGGGUGUACACAUUUUUUAUGGUUCUAAAAUGUGGAAAAGUAAUCAAAACUGUGAAAUAACACACUGAAGUACAGGAACUAUGCAGUGGCCAACAGACGGUACACAAAUAAAAACUUAAUAUUAUAUUUUACAUUCUACAAAGCUGCUCUUUGCCAUUAUAAAAUGUUUUGCACACUCUUGGCAUUCUCUCAAACAGUUACCUGGGAUGCUUUUCUAACUGUUUUGAAGAGAUUCCUAGAUAAAUUGGGCACUUGUUUGGUGUGGUGGCAUAGUGGACUAAGGCACUGAACUGGUAAGCAAAAGGUUGUUGGUUCAAUCCCCACAACCACCACCAUUGUGUCCUUGAGCAAAGCACUUAACUCCAAGUUGUUCCAGGGGGAUUGUCCCUGUAAUAAGGGCACUGUAAGUUGCUUUGGAUAAAAGCAUCUGCCAAAUGCAUAAAUGUAAACUUGUUGGCUACUUUUCAUUCAUUUGCCAGUCCACAGGAAUGAUUUACAAGACUAAUUUCUAGCAUUUAAACCUUCAGAUUAUUAAGGUCUUUCGCAUCAUGAAAAACAUUCAUUCAGCCAGGUGUGUCCAAACUUCUGGAACUGUGCAAAUGAAAGAGGCCUAUCGUGUGAUGAAAUGGUUUUCAGAUUAGAAUGUUUGCUAAAGAUAAAUACCCAUUAAUUCAUCAAACAUCCUCUAGCAAAUAAAUGGACCCAUGUACAAACAUUAGCACUCAGCAAUGUCUUUUUUUCAACACAAAAUUUGAAAUUGACAUACAAGGUAAAUUUCAAGAGUAAUCCAUGAGUAAUAAUGUCAAGGAAUUAUUUAUUACUUUCGACAAUAAUAAUAAUAAUAUCAUGAUUAAUCAAAAUUCUGUUGAAAAACUGACCUGUGUAUUAAUGAGCCAGUGUGUUAUGGUGAGGUGUGUUGCAGGUGGGGUUUGGUGGGCCACUCUGGGCCAGAAAGUCCAGAGCCAAUUUUUGGUCGCAGUCAGCCCAUGUUUCUUAGAAGUUAACUCGAUAUGAAAUUGUUCAGUAGAUAUGACAUCUUAUAGGUACAUAGGUUCUCCGCCAGGGGGUGGUGUUUAUUAAGUUACAACUCAGAAUUUAUUUGAUGACAAUCAAUGGAGGGCCAG